AUGCUUGAGGACCACCUCAGGACUCAUACAUACCUUUCUGGCGAUCUACUUAGUAUUGCUGACGCGUCGGUCGUGACCACAUUGGUGGCUGGCCUUGCUUCUGAAGCUGAUCUGAAGGACUAUCCCAACGUCUUGCGGUACAUCCGAACGUGUUUGGGCAACCCUGCCGUAGCUGAUGUCCUCUCUUGCUACUCUGUAAAGUUCCCCGUCCCUGAGGUCACCCCGUUCAUGCCCGGUAAGGAGGAAGUUGAGUCCACGGACUCCGAGGCGACCAAGGUAGAGUCGGAGAAGCCCGAAAAGGACCAGCCGAUCAAGAAGCGCGCAGGUGACCGACAGAACGCCAAGGUCAGCCAUACGGAGCUCUCCAUGCCUUCUCCCGAGUCUGUGUCUACCAAUACUGUGAGCCCUAUUCCUGAGGGCAGCGAGCCCCCGAUCCAUCCCUAUUCGAGCUGCGUUGGAGGUCGAACUCGUGUGAAGGACAUCCUUCUGAGGGCCGAUGGCGGUGCCGGUCUCAUCGGGAAGACUGUCAGCGUGUGCGGCUGGGUAAGAACCAAGCGAAGCCAGGGCAGCGGUUUUGCAUUUGUCGAGAUCUCUGAUGGCUCAUGCUUACAGGGGUUGCAGUUGGUCCUGGACAGUAGCUGCCCUGAUUUCGGAGGUGCUAUUGGACAGAUCGCCACCGGUGCCUCCAUACAGGCAGUUGGCGCUUUGGUUGCAAGCCCUGCUAAAGGGCAAGCUGUUGAGGUCAGCGUUCGUGAGAAUGGCAAAAUUAAG